AGCAGUGUUGGAACCUCUGUUGGACCUCCCUCCUCCAGCCCAGACCCUGAUGGUAGUCGUAGACGCCCUGGAUGUUCACUACAGGCCAGGGGAAAGCAGUGGGCAGAGUGGGUCCAUUGCAGAGCUUUUGGCUGCCAAUCAACAUCUGCUGCCCAGCUGGUUGCUGCUGGUCUGCUCGGUCCGCCGCCAGAACAAAGAUUUGUGCAAGAUGUUCUCAGGUUUCCGGAAGCUCUGCUUGGACGAUCUAAGGAAGCCACCAGCAGUCCGUGACGUACAGCAGUACAUUCUCUGUCGCCUGGAUGAAGAAGUAGCACUACGUCGUCAGCUCACCUCCGACACUGCGGACAUGUUGAAUCUGCUGCACAUCAAGAGUGGUGGCUGCUUUCUCUUUCUGGAGCGUGUUCUGGAUGGCGUGGCAGCUGGGCUGGUGGGACUGCGGGAGAUCCGGGACAUCCCCGGGACUCUUAAUGGACUCUACCUGUGGCUCUGCCAGAGAUUAUUCCCCAGGGGACUCUUUGUCAACGUCAAGCCUCUCUUCGAUGUUCUCUUGGCAUCUCCACUGCCCCUCACACCUCAGCAGCUGUUCACAGCAGUCUGGACUCAGGACACGUCACUCAGCAUCCAGGACUUCCAGAACAAACUUCAAACAUUGUCUCCUCUCCUGAUCAACGGCUCUGAAGGAACCAAACUCCUUUUUCAUGCCAGCUUCACCGAGUGGCUGACUGACGUUAAGUACUGCACACAGAAGUACCUUUGUAGCAGGACUGGGGGUCACAGCAUGCUUGCUAUGUCUCUGACCUUACAGGGACCCCACCUGGAUGCUGAGAGCACUUGUCAGCUUGCCAUGCACUUAGUUUGCUCAGGUCACCAUAAAGAAAACCCCUCGUUAUUGGCACUGUGGAUGCUAUGGACAGGUGUGCCAGCUCUUACCCCCAGCUGCAGUCAGACCCUCACCACAUGCUUCACUCACCUUCCUGCUUCGGUUGGCCAGGAAGUCCCUCAGCUGUUAAUAAAAAGUGGACUUGUCUCACCAGGCUGCAUUUCUAAUGCAAAUUCAAGUGUUGGAACAAAGUGCAUAGGUAAAGAAGAAGAUGAACUACAACAAGUAUCUGAGAUAGAGGCAUCUAUAAAGAAGCUGCUGGACAGCAGUGUCUCUGUGAACCAGCUUACUUCUCCAGGACAGACUUUACUUGCUAGAGCAGCUCAAGAUGGUUCUGCAGAGAUUGCUAAAAUUCUUCUUAGACAUAUGUCUGACCCACUGAUCAGUGAUCAUCAGGGUCAAACGCCUCUGACCUUAGCCGCAAGGCAAGGUCAUGUCAAAGUGCUAUCUGUCCUCCUUGAAUGGGCUAAAAGUCUAAGCACAGAGAGAGCAGUGCAGAUGAUGGAGCAUGUUGAUCAUGAAGGCUGGACAGCACUGCGUUCUGCAGCUUGGGGAGGACACUGUGAGGCUGUUUGCUUACUUCUGGAUGCAGGGGCAGACGUAAAUGGAUGUGACAGUGAGGGACGGACUGCUCUCAGAGCUGCUGCAUGGGGAGGUCAUGAGGAAAUUGUCCUUACUCUCCUAGAUUAUGGGGCACAGGUGAAUAAAGCUGACAGUAAGGGCUGCACACCACUUAUUGCUGCUGCUUACAUGGGACAUUACGAGACUGUGGAGAUACUACUGGACCACAAUGCAGAAGUUGACAUAGCUGACAAAGAUGGACGUACUGCUUUAUCAGUUGUUGCCCUCUGUGUCCCAACAGCUGCAGGAAUCAAAGGUUUUGGUGAGGUAGCAGGUCUCUUACUGGAGCGUGGAGCUGAUCCAGGGCACAGAGAUCAUGAUGGAAUGACCCCAUUGCUUCUUGCAGCCUAUGAAGGCCAUGAGGAUGUAGUUGAGCUCUUGUUAGAAGCUGGCGCUGAUGUGGAUGAAACAGCUGGCCCUGAUGGGAGUGUUUCUGCCGCAGCUGCGGUCACUCCCCUUCUGGCAGCUGCAGCAAUGGGUCACAUGAAAACUGUGUCCAAGCUGCUUUUCUGGGGUGCAGACGUGGAUGCGAUUGAUUGCGAAGGCAGGACAGCGCUCUGUUCGGCAGCAGCAAGAGGCAGCUUAGAGGUUGUUCGUGCCUUACUGGACCGAGGUCUCGAUGAAAACCAUAAAGACGACCUUGGCUGGACUCCACUGCAUGCUGCUGCCUGUGAAGGCCAUCGAAACAUUUGUGCAACACUGACAGAUCAAGGAAGCAUGGCACGUGUUGGAGAGAUGGACAUUGAAGGACGCACGCCUCUUAUACUAGCAGCUCAGGAAGGUCAUUGGAGCACUGUCAAGCUACUGCUUGACAGACGUUCUCCUAUUGACCACAGGGCCUAUGAUGGACACUCUGCACUGAGUGCAGCCUUCUUGGAGAGCCAUACUGAUGUGGCAGAGCUGCUCAUGAAGCGAGGGGCUGAUACUGAUGUGCGGGACUCAGAGGGACGGCCCUUGCUUUACCUCUUGGUGCUUGACGGUCGCCUUGAUAUGGCCAUUCUCUUAAUAGAGAAAGGAGGUGUGCCACUUGAGUCCCGAGACUCGGAGGGCCGCACAGCACUUCAGGUUGCUUCCUGGCAGGGAAAUGUGGAGAUUAUCGAUUUACUUUUAAAACAUGGGGCAAACCCCAAUGCACAAGAUGCAGAAGGGAGACCACCAAUGCAUUCUGUGGCUUGGACAGGAAACUCUAAAGUAGGGCAUCGUCUCCUAGAAGCCAGCGGUGUAAAUAUAGACCUUGCCUGUCAUCAGGGAGCAACAGCUCUGAGCAUCGCUGCCCAGGAGGGACACGCCAACAUUGUGAAAAUGCUCUUAGAAAAAGGUGCAAAUCCCAAUCACAUAGAUAAAUAUGGCCGCAGUUUGGUCAAAGUGGCAGGGAAACAUGGACAUUUUAACAUUGUCAGAAUCUUGGAGAGCUAUGGAGCUAAUCCAUAUCUAGGCCUACUGCCUAGGUCCAGUACUGUAUCUCCUUCAAAACCCAACAAGAGCCUCUCCUUGGCUAUGUCAGAGAGUAAUGGAAUUGAAGUGACAGCCACUACCUCGUCUUCUUCAAUAUCCUCCCCUGGUUCCACUGGAGAACGGUUUCACUCAAUGCAAAGCUCCCAGACCUCGUCUACCUGCCACUCCCUGGCUACGGUGCAGACAGUACCUGCUGACAGCCUCAGCUUUAUCCAACAGAUUCAGCAACAUUCACUGCCUCGCAGCCGUAGCCGCCACUCCACCCUCCCUCCACCAGGGAGCUCGGGCAUGGGCAGCAUGUAUGGAAGCAGCCAAAGGAAGUCCAAAGGCAUCCCUCCUCCCACCAUUUGCACAGUCACAGCUAUGGUGCACAACUGUGAAAUCUCCCAAAAAGGCUUUUCGUCUGGACUUGAAUAUCAUGACAAAAUAAUCAAACAAAGCUCCAACCUGAUUAAGGCAGAAAUGACUCCUUACACUGGUGAUAAAUGGCAUUCAGUUAUGGCUUCUCUUGGGAUAAGACCAGGCCAAGACACCCCCCUAGGUGCUAAAAACAGAGAGAACCCUCCUUUGGACUACCCAUAUAGGCUGCAGAGCCCGUCACAACGGGAAACUUGGGAUUCUCUAACCCAGAACAUUUUGUCACCUGUUUGUUACAGUUUUACCCCCACCCCAACCUGCAGUGCCUUGACAGAUAGUGGGGGUUUCACAAUGACAACCAAAGACCCACAGCUUAAUCUCAAACAGGCCAUCAAACUACAGUUUGAAGGUCCCACCAGCACAGCCUUAUCCAAGAGAGAGACCCCCCUGUGACGACCAGUCAGAUGAGCAGUAGCGGCCAGUCAUAGGGCUGAAGAAUACAUAUGUCCCACAAAGUAGUUCCUCCUAAUAAAUCACGUAAAUCACUUGUUUA